ACAGUCACAUGCAAGUUCGGCUCCACUAACGCCUUUGUUGACAUUAACAACACGUUCACACAUUUCUCAAAUUACAACCUGUUUUAUGCAGCGUUUAGCAACUAACAUCGAACUCUGUUUAAAUGUACAUCUAAACGAGUUCGAGAAUUCUCUUUCGAAGAAUCUUUGUGAUUCAGAAAUGGUUGUUUUGGGGAGGAAUCUAAUCAUUUGAGUCUUCCAGUUAUGCAGCAGAUGAGCCUGGGAAAUGCAGCGUAUGGAUGCUAUUUAUUUCUCAACGACGAUUUAAAACCUUGAGUUUUCAUCUUGCACUGUUUAAUUUGAGAGGGCAGGCCAGGAGUCACAAAAUAAAAAAGGACGCUUAAACUCGAUCUCACCUGAGACUGAAAUCUCAUUCUAAGUCUUCAGCAGUGCAGCUUGUGCAUAACUUCCUUUUACAUUGACAAGUUCUGUCAUGGCGACAGAAGAUAAGUCACAGGAAACAUCUCCACUUAUGUCUGAAGGCAUGUGGUGGGGCACCCUGGGGUCUGUGCGGCCCUUCCCAAAUUUCCAUCCCGAGAGAGAUGUUACAGUCCUUCACACUGCACUGGAGAACAAAGAUGUGAGCACAAUUGUGAGAAUACUAACCAAUCGCAGUAAUGCUCAGAGACGAUCUCUUGCCCAGGCAUACAAGAAUUUCUCACAAAAGGAAUUGGACGCAAGUCUGAAGAAGGUUCUUUCUGGUGAUCUGCAGUCUCUGAUACUUGGACUGAUGAUGAUACAAGAGCAGUUUGAGACCCAUCGCUUACGCAAAGCCAUGGAGGGUGCUGGUACAGAUGAAGAUACUCUUUUAGAGAUUUUGUGCAUAAGGACGCCACAGCAGCUCUCUGACAUCAGGGCUGCAUACAAUCAAGAGUAUAAGCGGGAUUUGGAGAAAGACUUGACAAGUGAAACCAGUGGAGAUUUUUCAAAGCUCAUUGUGGCAUUGUUGAAGAAAGAGAAUGGGCCAGGAAUUAUUGACCAGGAUAUAGCAUCUUUAUCUGAGGAGCUGAAAAACAAGAAACCUGCAGCUGAUAUUUGGAUCAAAAUUCUCACCACAAGAAACCCAGACCAUCUCAGAACUGUGCUGGAAAAACUGGAGUUUGAGAAAGGCCAGACAGUGGAGGACGCUUUGGAGGGACAUUUUAAAGGAGUCCUCUCUGGAGACCUGAAAAAGGGCUUAAAGACUCUAGUACGAUGUAUACAGAACCAGUAUUUAUUCUUGGCACAAAGGAUUCAAACUAUGAAAGCACCGGUGGUCCAGGGUGUGAUGGUGGCUCACAGUGAGGAGGAUCUACUGAGAGUUAGAGUGGCAUACCUUCAGUCAAUGGGAACCUCACUGUACACAGCCUUACAGAAGCAGUUUAAAGGUGAACUACAGCAGGGUUUGUUGGCUAUAUGUCGUGCAGAAGAUUAGAAGAAAUGCUGUAUAUAUAUAUAUAUAAACAAAUGAUAAACAUUUAUGUACACACAGUGAAAGCAUUCCAUUCAUUUUAAUUGCUGUUAACCAAAAGCUUUGUGUCUGAAAAUAAAUAAAUAAAAUGUAAC